UUAUUUCAAUUUACUACUGGAACUAGAAUAGAUCCGCCACUGAUUGUUGUCUUUUGACUCGACGAUAUCAGAUGAGAGAGCAAGUUUGGAGCAGGGCUUAUAAGUUCCUAGAGAGAGAGAACCACUGACCUUAAUUCUCAGAAUCCGUUAUUCUCCGUCGAGAGAGACAGAGAGAGAGAGGGAGAGAGGGAGAGAGAUACAGAGAGAAGUGAUAUGCUGUGAGAAUCUCAAUCUGUGUUAUUUGGACUUGUUGUAAUAGUUGAUUCGGAAUCCGACAUUGAAGUUAGGAUCUUCAGACGACGGAAAUUCCAAAUACCUAAUUUGAUGAAGUGAUUAUUAUUCUAUUAGUUGUCGUCGUCACUUGAUUCUAGAUUUUCAAUUUGGAUCCUCGCUUCUUUUUUUUACUUGAUUUUGAGGCUGUUGAUUUAUCGGGGGGAAAAGAUGAACGGUGGUGAUGUUGCAACAGAAGCUCCGGCACCGCCGUUAGAGUGGAAAUUCUCUCAGGUCUUUGGUGAGCGUGCGGCCGGCGAAGAAGUUCAGGAAGUUGAUAUCAUCUCAGCAAUUGAGUUUGACAAAACUGGCGACCAUCUUGCCACUGGGGAUCGAGGGGGUAGGGUGGUAUUAUUUGAAAGGACCGAUACAAAGGAGCAUGCUGGAAGCCGAAGAGAAUUAGAGAGAAUGGACUAUCCAGUCACCCGGCAUCCAGAGUUCCGCUACAAGACAGAAUUUCAAAGCCACGAGCCUGAGUUUGAUUAUCUGAAGAGUUUGGAGAUUGAGGAGAAGAUCAACAAGAUCCGGUGGUGCCAUAUGCCUAAUGGCGCUCUCUUUCUUUUGUCUACUAAUGACAAAACUAUAAAGUUCUGGAAGGUCGAAGAGAAGAAAGUCAAGAAAAUAUCCAACUUAAAUAUUGACCCUUCCAGAGCUAUUGCAAAUGGCAGCAUGCCCAGUUCAAGUGUUUCUUCCAGUCAAAAAAAGUAUCUUGCAAAUGGGUGCUACACAGAUGGAUCUUCCGACUGUCUAAGCAAUGAUUUUUCGUUUCCACCUGGGGGUCUUCCUGCAUUACAUUUACCUGUGGUAGUUUCAAGCAGUGAGAGCAGCGUUGCUGCUAAAUGUAGAAGAGUAUAUGCCCAUGCACAUGACUAUCAUAUAAAUUCUAUCUCAAAUAACUGUGAUGGGGAAACAUUUAUAUCAGCUGAUGAUCUCCGGAUAAACCUUUGGAACUUGCAAAUAAGCAAUCAAAGUUUCAAUAUUGUUGAUGUCAAGCCAGCAAAUAUGGAAGAUCUAACUGAGGUGAUAACUUCAGCUGAAUUUCACCCUACUCACUGUAACAUGUUGGCUUAUAGUAGUUCAAAAGGAUCAAUCCGUCUGGUAGAUUUGCGGCAAUCAGCAUUGUGCGACUCCCAUUCUAAAUUGUUUGAAGAAAAGGAAGCUCCUGGCUCAAGAUCCUUUUUUACCGAGAUAAUUGCUUCAAUUUCAGAUAUAAAAUUUGCGAAGGCUGGAAGAUACAUACUUAGUCGUGACUAUAUGACCCUUAAGCUUUGGGAUAUAAAUAUGGAUUCUGGUCCAGUUUCAACUUUUCAGGUUCAUGAAUAUUUGAGACCAAAGUUAUGUGAUUUAUACGAGAAUGAUUCCAUCUUUGAUAAAUUCGAAUGUUGCCUUAGCGGUGACGGUUUGCGAGUAGCAACUGGAUCUUAUAGCAACCUUUUCCGUGUGUUUGGUUGUGCUGCGGGGAACACGGAAGCAACUACAUUAGAAGCAAGCAAAAACCCCAUGAGAAGACAAGUCCAGACCCCUUCGAGGCCUUCCAGAUCCUUGAGCAGCAGUAUAACGCGUGUUGUCAGGAGAGGAGCAGAAAGUCCAGCAGUUGAUGCUAAUGGAAACUCAUUUGAUUUCACAACCAAACUGCUCCAUCUCGCAUGGCAUCCAUCUGAAAAUUCAAUUGCAUGUGCUGCUGCAAACAGCUUGUAUAUGUACUAUGCAUAAAAUGAGGUUGCAGUUUCCUGGAGUUGCUUUUUCAGAAGGCUUUAUUUCGAAUCAACUUGAGGUUCUGCCAUUUCGCACUUCCAGAAUCAAUGCCGACGUAUAUUACAUGCUCUUAAUGUUAAGGUCCACUGCUCAAAGAAUGGACAAUCUAGCAACUUAUUUGUCAAUAGCCAUGCAUUCUUGCUCUCUUCUUCCCAUUUUCUGCUUCACCCUUCUCUAAAUUUCCUAUUCAUUGGGUUGACAUCAGGAGAGAUCUCAUUGUAGUUCCCCCACAAGCAAAACUGAUGGAUGUGAAAAAAUUGUCACUAGAUCUUAGGUAAAUGCAGUUUUGCUCGAAAUCUUGCUGGAAAGGACCUGCUGGCUAACUUGCAGAGCGUUAAACUAACUUUAUUGGAUAGAAUUAUUUUUUGUAGGAUAAUUUAAUGGCUUUUUGUUAUAGGUUAUUGACUAAAGUAGUUCUCUUUUUCUUUUUUCUUUUUUUUUCCUGUAAAAGAAGUUCAAGGGCACUGGCAUUUAUUUCCCUGUAUUUUUUUCUUUGGUAAAGCGAAGCUGGCACUGCCAACUUUUCUAUUAGGUUACUUGUGCAUUUUAUUAGGUUGAGGUUGGUGCUUUUUUUUUUGGUACUUUUAUUCUGCUGCUGGAGCCAUGUAAUGGAACUAAACCUGCAUGAUCUAGCUAACAUUUUUCACACUGCUGUGUAUGGCAACCA